CAGUUUUUAAUAUUUGCAUUUUUAAUAUCUAAUUUAUUCGAUAUUGUUGGAAAGGGACAACAUUUACAGCAGAGGUGCAGGCGGUGGAUGGUGGGCCCGGUGUCGGUGUCGGCAGCACGGUCAGGGUCUGGUCAGUGGAUGCCUGCUUUGGUAUUGAAUGACAUUGAAACACUUGAGAACCCGAAGCGUCACUCGAACGGUGACGUAGGGGCUUGCAGUGGGCGGGGCUUGUGACUAAUGUCUCCGGUGGUUCUCCCGACAGAACCGGUGUGACGGCUGCUCCUCAUUCAUCAGCGGGACGGUGAGCUUCGUGCAGCGUUGCGAUCCCGUCCGCCACUCUGUCUGUUCCGGCAUCUGACACCGAGGACACCGCCGCCGGCCACCAUCCGCGGUUCUGAUGAAUUCCUAAUGGUUCCUCACUUUGGAGAAUUUCCUGAGGAACAAGACAUCUUCUGGAUCUUCAACGAAUGGCACAAUCGCUUGGCGCUGCUCCCGACAUCACCCACACCUGCCUGCCUACCCGCUCCCUGCUGGACGUAAACCUUUGGGUUCCUCAGCUUUAACUGAUCACCAGCAGGAUCCCAGCCCAUAGACCAAACUUCAACCUCCCUUAACACAUUGCUACAGGAUGAAGAUUGAUACCAACCUGACCAUUCCUCAGCUUCCUGAGGCCCUCUCCCAAGCUGGUCUUCAGUUUGCUAUUGCCACUGAGGAGGACUUUGAUGAAAUUAUGGCAAUGAGCAAGGACAUCUAUGGUGGUCUGGACUACCUUCCCACCAGAUACACCAGCUGGCUCCAGGAAUCCAACCGCACAGUUAUUCUGGCACGCAAAGAGGGGAAAGUGAUUGCUCUGGAAUCAGUGUGUGUGAUUGAUGACGGGGAGACAAUGCUUGUGGAAGGUCUCCGUGUCGCUCCUCAGGAAAGGGGGAAGGGCGUAGCGGGAGUUCUGCUGCGCUUCUGCUCCGAGUUGGUCAAAUCCAAGUAUCCAGAUGUAAAAGUGACCCGCCUGACUCGUGACGAUCAGCUUGGGCCCAAGGACUUUGAAAAGUAUCGCAUCAUCACCAAGCAGGGCAUUCUGCUGGUGCGUUUCAGAGCUGAAGAACUCAAACUGCGACUUCGCGAAAUUAUUCCGAGUGCCGGCAUUCGUUCUUCACAGCAGCCCGGUCCUCCUCCUGUGCUUCUCGAUCAAACAUCUAUCCAUCAGCUCUACCUUACCACUGACUUGAUGCACGACGUGCUUCCUAACGCCACCAUCAUUCAAGACUGGCAGCCAUUCAAGCUUCUACCGAGCAACGUUGCGAUCCUACUGAAGAAGGAAAUCGACUGGCUGGUGGAUGAUGUGUCCAAUCCGACUGUGGCCAGCCUCUGUACCUUCCCUUUCAAGGUGCCCAUUGGAGAUGAUUGGUAUUACCUGAACAUUGACAUGUUUGGUAAAGACCUGAGUUUGGCUCAGCAGCAGUUCCUGCGCCACCUUCAGCGCCACACAAACCACCUGAAGGGUCAUGUGAUGUGCCAGAUAUUCCUGGAGCCUGGUCUUUGGAGGCCCAUGACUGAUUUCUGUCAGAACACUUUAAAUGUAGAUUUGGUGAAAGAGUACACUGAGCAAUGUGUGGUGGAGUCAGAUCUGAUCUAGCAGAAGAAGUUAAACGAGGUAAAGACGGAAGAAAGGAAGAAAGAAAAAAAAAUAGAAUUCAAAUACACUAAAAUAAAAAAACAAAACAAAAAAAACAUUUUUUUUGGACAGAAAGAUACUAAGAUAAAAAAGUAUAUUUUAACAAACAUACAUUCUGAUAUAUUUUAUUCAAUGGAAAGUGAACACUUAUGGGGAUCAUUAAUGCUGCAUAGUCAAAAGAGUUUCCUGCAGGUCAAUAGCACAAAUAUUUUUGGCAGGGUUGUUCUGAACAGAACCUUGCAUAAAGUUCAAUGCAUGCAAAGUUAGAGACUUCUAGUGCUAAAUCUGAGGAAAAUUGACAUUUUCAUUGUGUCAGUAUGUUUGAGACAAAAAAACAACUAAAUAGUAAAUCUAGUGUAAGACAAAAAUCAUAACCUUCUUAGCUUAUUAGUGUACUUGAUGUUAGCUCAAUUUUGUACAUCCCGUUUGUUUUAAAGGGUAAAGAGGAAUGGAAAGAUUUGUUUCGCUGGUAGCAAUAAUGCAUUCUAGAAAUAGUACAAGUGUUCUUUUAUUUUUGAAGAGAUAACAAUCCCUUUACCUCAUUUUCAAACCUUCUUCUUCUUCUGCUCUUUCUGUAAAAACUGAAACUUUAUAUAUGUUUAAAGGCUGAGUUGGGGUUACUAAGUCUGCACAAGUUUAAAGGCACUUUAACAAAAACAAUGGAGGUGUUGAAUUAUGAGAAGGGAUAGUUCAGGAUCAAAUAAGAAUUACAGAUUCCCUUCAUUCCUGUAGUCGCAACAAUAACUAGGGUUAGGAAUAUCAGUUUAAAUGUGCAUUAAAAUUAUGUUAAUAUGCUCUGAUAUAAAUACCUGAUAGGUUUGGGGGUCUUCUGAACUUGACAAAACGCUCUACAAGUAGAAACCAUUUUUAAAUUUCACUUGGGGCCAGAUGCUUCUUCCCCUUUUUUCAAGUUUUUGACUGUAGAAUAUGUAUGUAACAAAUCUAAUGUAAAAGAGUCACUUCAUUGGUACAGUGUUGUGCUAGUUAAUCUUAAAAAAAAAAAAAAAAAAAAA